CCCCCGGGGGGCCGAGCGGAGAGGCUGUGUUGCGUGCGCGCAAAGGAGCUGCGGCGCUGCAGGGAGCCUGGAUGGCGGAGGAGGUCCAUGCUACAGAGAUGGCAACGGAAGGGGAACCCGGCAGCCUCAUCAAAAUCGUUCACCUCUUCUUUCUCUCUACUGCCUGGGGGAUGCAGCUAUGGGUGACCUUCAUAGCAGGGUUUGUUCUUUUCCGGGGUGUGAGCCGACACACCUUUGGGCUGGUCCAAAGCAAGCUGUUCCCUUUCUAUUUCUACACCUUGCUUGGCUGCACUUUUCUGAAUCUUGCCGUCUUCGCUAUGUACCAUCCACGCGAUCUACUCAGUACUGGGGAAACAAUCCAGAUUGUGCUAUUUUUCCUCUGCCUUGUCCUGGCUGCUGCAAACGCCUCCUGGUUUUCCCAAACCACCACGAAGACCAUGUUCAAGAUGCAGGAGAUUGAGAGAGAACACGGUCUCGGGGAGGAAGUGGGGAUGUCAUCCCAACGGGAGGCUUACCAGCGUCUGAAGGAGAGGGACGCCAAGUAUCGAAGCCUGCGCCAGAAGUUCUUCACAUUCCACGGCAUUUCCUCCCUCUGCAACCUGACUUGUGUGGUCUGCACAGGGGUGAAUCUGGCCUUUUUAGCCAUGCACCUGGAUAGCUUGUGAACCAGAAGAGAAAUUACCUUGCUUGUCCCUUUCUCUCCCUCUGUUCUUGAUGCAGAAUUUCUACUGAGGCACAAUGCUCUGGAAUUCCUUUCGGCAGCCUCUGUUUGGGCCUCUGUGAUUCAGCCCAGUGGAGAAUAAAUGUGGCAGCAGUGGGGACUUCCUCAUCCUGAAAUGGCCAGGUGUGAGAGGAUUCGCACCAGCGUCCCAAUAAAGGGAGACCCCAGUCAGGACUCUGGGCCUCAGUCAAACCAAGGCAGAAAUGUUGGCAAAAUAAGAGAAAAGUUUUUUGGAGAAAAACUCGAAUAAACUGAUACGCUUCAGACAAA